CAGCAUGGUCAGGUUCUGAUGAGGACCUUCUUCCAGUUGGCAGAUGGCCAACUUCUCGUGUCCUCACAGGACAGGAGGAGGUCGAGGGAGCUCUCUGGGGGCUCUUUUAUAAGGGCACUAUUCCUACCAUGUGGACUCCACCUUUAUGACUUAAUUACCUCCCAAAGGCCCCACCUCCAAUCACAUUAGGGGUUAGAAUUUCAACAUAAGUUUUUGAAGGACACAAACCUUCAGUCCAUAAUACUUUCUAUAGAAAAUGGUGGGAUGAGUUGUCAGGUUUUGGGGAGAUUCUGACUGUAGGAAAGUGACGGUAGGACACUAGCUGUAGAGCCAUUUCAGACGAGGCCUGCUCCCUUAGCAGAGACCUCUGUGGAGAAGUCUGUCUGGUUCAUUCUUCCCCUUCUGCUGGAAAGUUAAAAGCACAAAGGCAGAAACCCAGAGGCCGUAUUCAUGCUGAGAGAGAGGUCCUGCUGACCAGAUUCAAUGUCUCAAGGUAGACACAUACACGUGGCAAGCAGAUUUCCUACUCCAAUAAUUUGGAUCUGGCCCCAGGGAAGAGGCCAAAGUGGAGGCCAGGCAGGGGGUCCACACACCUGCAGCUUGUUUCUGUCAGAGCCAGAUGGGCUGCACGUGGAAAUCCUUACAAGCACUGCAGACUUUGGCCUAGCCUUUAAAUUCAGAGCAAGCUGGCGAGGAGAAGAGAUUGGAUGUGGGUUCCAGCCAUGUAAAAUGGAGAUCCAACUGCCUGACGUGCCAGUGGCACUAAUCUUCUCCUUCCUGGAUGCGUUCAGCUUGCUGCAGGUCUCCCGAGUGAACAAGUGUUGGAAUAGGAUUGCAGACAGUGAUCACCUGUGGAGAACACUGUGUCUGAAGAGAUGGGGCUUCUGCGACCUCACCUCUAAGAGGCUGGGCACACAGACAUGGAAGCAGUUCUUUCUCCGCCAAAUAAAGGAAGAGCGUCAGAUGGCACUGGCACAACCAGAUGACUUUAUCUGCAAAGAAGUAACUGCGGACCUAGGAGUCUUUGAAGAGGUGGCUUAUCUCUCAGCAAACGGCUUCACAAUGGAUGGACAAAAGAAGUCAGUUGUUUGUGUUGUGUCUUCAAAGCACACACUUUAUACCUGGGAUGUGCAAGAGGGCGCUAUGAUGUGGUCGAGCCCCGCCCAGGAGUCCAGCAUCGUGUAUCUGGCAACUAUUCCUCAGAUGCAUCUUGCAAUCACUCUUGAUAUCGAGGGGACUAUCAAAGUGUGGAAUUGUCAGGACAGGGAUGCUCUGGCUGCUUUUGUCAUGCCGUGGACCUGUGCUUCCAUGGAAGCCCAUUUCUCAAAGGAUGGCUCAUUCCUAAUGGUUGGCAAUUCUGAAGGGGACAUCUACACAUUUACAGUGCCUGAGUUAAAGAAUAUUUCAAAAGUCAAUGCAUUUCAACAUAGUGUUGAUCUUCUACACUGCUCUCCUGACAAGAAAUGGAUCUUUGCGGGUGGGAUCCAUCAACACAUCUUCUCAAAGGUAUUUUUCACAGACAGCUUACUGAAACCAUCAGAAGACAGCAUCCCUCUGUCUCUGGAGUUCCCGUGUGCAUCAUGCUACAGAGCCUGCUGGACCCCACGGAUGGAAAGUAGGAUAACACUGAUGUUCCGAAAAGAGACUACCAAAACGACGGGAUUUGCCACCUUCGAUCUAGCAACUGAGAGCGCUGAGGGCCAAACAGUCAUCCGAGCACAUCAGAUCGGAAGUUUCCUGUUACCAGUUCACGUGCAGAGUCCUCUGUGGAUGGGAGCCAGUGCUGAAAACCUGAUUGUCUUUUCGAGCGGGCCGUACUUGUUCCUCUUCACCAUCAAUGGCCUCCUGCUGCAACAAUUUGAGCACCACCAGGAAACCAUUGUCGACUUGUGGGUGGAUUCUCUCCAUGUCCUCACUACAUCCUUGGAUGACUCUUUGCAUGUGUACAUGUGGGAGGAGGAAGGCCGCUAUCCAUACCUCAAGAGCUGCUGUCACCUGGGACACAUGCAGCAUGAUCAGCCGCUGCCGAGCCGGUAUAUCUCCAAGGCAAUAUGUGAUAAUGUGAGCAUAGCACAUGUGGUGUCAAAACGUGGUAAAUUCAGCAAUCUGGUGAUGUAUUCUUUGCAUAUGUAAUAUGGACACUAAUGGAAUUAACCUUGCAUCAUCUUCCUCACUGUAGUAAAGAUAAUUGUGUUUGCAAGCCCAGACUGAUUAUUUUAGUGACAUUAAGAAGUACUGACUUAAUUAUCUACAGUGAAUCAGGCACUGUGACAGAGACCACAGACAGGCUCCAUGCAGAUAGAGUGUGGAACAAUUUAUCCUUUAUCCUUGCCAUCACAGAGAGUAUAGGGUGCUAAGAAAGUGAAGUAUGAAUGGUCACACAAAUAUACAAUUCCAAACAAUUCAAGGGAAGCAUAUUACAGGGGAAAACUGAGAUUGUGAAUUUAGAUUGGGCCUUGUUUAAAAGUGAAGGCAUCUAUACAAGUGAG